UCGAGCAAAACGCUUCACAACGCAGCUGUCAAACAUGGUUGUUUACAAAAUCACUUGAGCUUGUGUUUUAGUAAAAAGUACUCAUAUACUGACGGAAAGUGGUAAAGCAGGUGCGAGAAAGGGUAAACAGAAGCUUCCGGCUUCUACAGCAGCUACGGGUUUGGUGUGGGAGUGUGAUAAAACUCCAGGAUUCCCAAACAACUCCGUAGCUCAGCUGCUACACUGGUUCAUCAUUUCAUCUUCAACAAUGGGCGAAAUCAACGGCGAGGGAGAAAUCGAAGUGCUGGAAAAUGACAUACGCACGUUGCGAAAGCAGUUGCAGGAGAAGGUUCAGCAACUGAAGACCUUGAAAAAGCAUUUUCAGAAAAAUUGUAUUACCAAGCUGAACAACGAUGAAAUUGCACGGUACAGCCGUCAGAUUAUCCUGUCCGAGAUCGGUGUGCAGGGCCAGUUGAAACUGAAAAAAGCGGCGGUGUUGGUGGUUGGCGCUGGAGGGCUGGGAUGUCCCGCUGCCCUCUAUCUGGCCGGAGCCGGCAUCGGACGCAUCGGUGUGCUGGAUUACGACGAGGUGGAACUGACGAACCUUCAUCGUCAGCUGCUGCACACGGAGGCCACGGUCGGUUUGACCAAGGUUACCUCGGUUCAGUCGUACCUGGAGCAGCUGAACUCGCAAAUCGAAAUUCAAACCCACCACACGCAGCUGACGAGCGAUAAUGCGAUGACCAUUCUCGACCAGUACGAUGUGGUCGUCGACGCAACGGACAAUGUGGCCACCCGCUAUCUGCUGAACGAUGCGUGCGUAAUGCUGCACAAGCCGCUCGUGUCGGGAAGCGCCCUGCAGCUCGAAGGCCAGCUAACCGUGUACAACUACCGAGGUGGACCUUGCUACCGGUGCCUGUUCCCUACGCCUCCACCCCCGGAAUCGGUUACAAACUGUGGCGAUGGAGGUGUGCUGGGCGCCAUAACCGGUGUGAUCGGUGCACUGCAAGCGCUGGAAACGAUCAAAAUCAUCCUGUCGAACGAGGGCGUGCUAAGCGGCCGGUUGCUACUGUUCGACGGUCAGCAGAGUGCGUUCCGCAAUUUGAAACUGCGCCCGAAAAAGCCGACCUGUGCCGUGUGCUCGGAAACGCCCACCCUUACGAGGCUUAUCGAUUACGAACAGUUCUGUCAGAUGAAGGCGACCGACAAGGACACGGCACUGGCGGUGCUGGAACCGUGCGAACGGAUGUCGGUGCGCGAGUACCACGACGAUUGGCUUGCGGCCGGUCGGGACCAUUUGCUGGUGGACGUACGCGGGGCCAACCAGUUCGACAUGUGUCAACUGCCCGGUGCACCGGUUAAUAUUCCCAUCGAGGACAUCCUAAGCAACCGGCGAACGGAAGAGAUUCUCGCACGCGUGCAACAAACCGCGCUACCGGUAUACGUAGUUUGUCGCCGUGGUAACGAUUCGCAGCUAGCCGUGCGACAUCUCUCACCACUGUUCCGGGAUCGAAAUCUUCCAGCACCGCGGGACCUGAUCGGUGGGCUGCACGCCUGGACAAAAACGAUCGAUCCCGAUUUCCCCAUCUAUUGAGGGGGAGGUUUUUGGUUUUUUUUUCUAUUCGUUUUUUCUCACUUUCUUUGUUACACCGUUUUACUUUAGCACGACAAUAAAAUCAUACCAACUAUACGUUGCCUAGCGACGGUACAAUUA